AUGCUGAAAAGAGUUGAUCCUACCAACACAGUUCUAAUCACUUACUUACAAACCAUCGAUACUUCUGUUAAAACUGGGGUUCUUUUGGCUAGAGAAGAAGAUAAGAAGACUAAAUGUUCAAAGAAGGUUGCUGCUGAAUCUUUUGAGAAAUUUGUCAAAGAAUCUAAAUCUACAAAGAGUCUGAAGAAAUUAAUGAUUACAAAAUCCAAACCAAUCAAACCCGAAGUUGUUGAUGUUGAUACACCAUCCACUCAAAAAGGAAUCAUUCCUUCGAAGACUGGUGUUUUUCGAAGAAUCAAUAUGAAAUCAAAACAUAAGAGUCGACCACCUCUAACAAAUAUUGUUCGCAAACCACAGGUUUCACAUCAAAGAGUUAUCUUUCGUGAGAUUCCUGCACCUGCUUCACCAUCGUCUAAGAAGCGAAGGGUAACUGAUAUGGCCAAAUACAUAUAA